CUCUGCAAAUCUGAAACACACUUACAGGCUCCCAAGAAUUGAGCAAGAAAAACUAAUAUAUUGUCUGAAGACAAAGAAAAAUGUUAGAAGGGAAGGGUUUGAUAGAUGAUACAGAUAUGCCAGUGAAGAUGCAGAUCCAAGCAAUGGCUUUUGCUUCUCAAGCUCUAGAUCUCUAUGAUGUUUUUGACUGCAAAUGCAUUGCUGCCCACAUCAAGAAGGAGUUCGACAAGAGAUAUGGGAAUGGAUGGCACUGUGUGGUAGGGUCCAACUUUGGGUGUUUUUUCACACACAGCAAAGGGACUUUCAUAUAUUUUACAUUGGAGACUCUAAAUUUUCUCAUCUUCAAAGUUUCUUCGUCUCCAUCAACUCCACCUCCGUAGCAGCCUUUCAUAGUUCGUUAUGGAUCGAACACAACUAAAUAGACUGAAUCGUACAAUAGAUUUACUUUAGCUUAUCUUUCUUCCUUCGUGUCUUCUAGUCCAUCUUACCAAGCAUGCCUAUUUUUUACCAAGCAUGCCUAUUAUUAGAAAUUUCUAGUUGUAGAUUACUGUAAUAUUUGACUUUAGAGGCAGCUUUCACAAUGCUUUCUA